AUGAUGAUGUCAGUGGAUGUGUCCAAUCGUAACGGCCCACCUGCCACACCCCCAACAUCACUCAGCCUCCGAUCUUCACACAACCAACUCCUCAGCAGUGACAUAAAUAACCAGGGUUCGUCCACACCCCCAAAGUGUCGCAAGAAGUAUGCACUCACCAGUAUUCAAGCCGCCAUGGGGCUGGGUGAAGUGGCAGCAUCUUCAUCCUCUUCACCCGUUUCACCCUCUCCUCAGACGUUAACCCCAAAUAAUCCGAAACUCGCCAAAAAUGGGGUCAACCAACUUCGAAAAGCUGGCCAGGACCACAAUCAAAACUCAGAGCCACUAGAACCUGAGAGCGAAUCUGAGACUGUAGAAGCCGACAUAAAUGUCAAUACUAAAGAGGAUGAAGUCCACGCUCUCACCAAUAAUGACAGAGAAGAGAGCUUCACACCUGCUGAUCUGCCCGGUAACGCAGACCAACCAGAGGCAACAGAAUCUGACAUAGACUGCAAUAUUAACACAAGUCUGGAGCUCAAAGUGAACGGCAACACAGCAGAUUUGGGAUUUGAUUUAAACAUUGAAAGAGAGGAGAGUGAUGACAUCAGCAUUCUGUCUGAGAAGGAAAUUAUGUCAAAGAUUCAGAUUGAGGAAGAUGAGGACGCGAUGCUCGAGCAGGAGGGGGAGAUGGAGGAGAAAAAGCCCUUACUCAUAAGACCAGAGACUCCUGUGCUGAACAAUAAAGAGUCCUCAGACCUGGAGCUCAUGAGUGACCUCUGCUCAAACCUGAAGCGUCUCAAGUCGGGUAUGGACUCUCCUGUUCCCCCGCCGCCCUCUGCUCCUAAACAGGCCAGCCCAGAGGAUGCGCCCCUGCUUUCUGUCGCCUCUUGCUCUUCUUCCUCCUCUUCCUCUCCAGAGACCAAAAAAGAUAGAAGGACAGGAGCGAAAACGGACUGUGCUCUGAACCGCAUCCAAAACCUGAACCCCAGCGACGAGGAGUUGAGUUGGACGACGCUUUCUCAGGAGAGCAACUCGCCAGAAGAGACAGAUAUCUGGAACGAUCAGUCAUUUCAGACUGACACUGACCUGCCUCCAGGAUGGAAGAAGAUCAAAGACAUGGCUGGAAUCUACUACUGGCAUAUUCCCACAGGCACCACCCAGUGGGAGAGGCCUGCCACCCACCCUGUGCCCCCCAGUCAGACAGACACCCUGAUUCAGGUGGCCCACACGGAGUCCACACCACGAAAGCAGUCGCUGGACUCCCUCAGCCCUUCGCCUCCUCCUGACCUGGAGUCGUGUCAAGCUGAAGUGUUCUACAGAGCCUCCACCCGAUCCAGCAGCACCACCUCCGACAGCUCCGUGGAGCCCCCUCACGAGUCCUUGCUGCCCACGUGUGGAUUUGUCAACAGCUGUUAUUUCCCUCGGUCCACGUCUCUGCAGGGCAUGUCCGAUCAAGAGAGUUCAUCUUCUGAUCAAAGAGAUGAAGACGAUAAGAAACCACUGUGGAGUGAAUUUGGCGGAAAGAUUGAUAGUGAGGUGUGGAAGGACCUGCAAGCAGCGACAGUGAACCCAGACCCCAGUCUGAAGGAGUUCGAGGGGGCGACUCUUCGCUACGCUUCCCUGAAGCUAAGGAACCGUCCGGCAGCAGAAGAGCAGCACAGCAGCGUGAAGAGGGAUUCAGAAGUUAAAUGUUUUGCAGUGCGCUCUUUGGGCUGGGUGGAGAUGGCAGAGGAAGACCUGGCUCCUGGGAAGAGCAGUGUGGCUGUUAACAACUGCAUCAGACAGCUGUCCUACUGCAAAAAUGAUAUUCGGGACACUGUCGGCAUCUGGGGCGAGGGGAAGGACAUGUAUCUAGUGCUUGAGAACAACAUGUUGAACCUGGUCGACCCCAUGGACCGCAGCGUGCUUCACUCACAGCCCAUUGCGAGCAUUCGUGUCUGGGGCGUAGGCCGGGACAACGGAAGAGAUUUUGCGUACGUAGCUCGGGAUAAAAACACCAGGAUCCUGAAAUGUCAUGUGUUCCGCUGUGAUACACCGGCCAAAGCCAUUGCCACCAGCCUCCACGAGAUCUGCUCCAGGAUAAUGGCCGAGCGAAAGAAUGCCAAAGCUUUGGCUGGAGGUUCUCUCCAGGACCGGAUGCAGGCUGGACUAGAUCUGCCUUUACAAGAAUUCCCCACUCCAAAGACAGAACUGGUCCAGAAGUUUCAGGUGCUUUACUUGGGAAUACUUCCUGUGGUCAGACCAAUAGGGAUGGAUAUUCUGAAUGGGGCCAUAGACAAUUUAGUUGGUUCUUCAAACAGAGAAGACUGGACUCCAGUAGCACUUAAUGUGGCAGAUGCUACUGUCACUAUCAGCAAGGAUAAGGAUGAAAAGGAGUUGAUAGUGGAGUGUCGUGUGCGUUUCCUUUCGUUCAUGGGAGUUGGGCGUGACAUACACACUUUUGCCUUCAUCAUGGAUGCCGGUGGACAGCGGUUUGACUGUCAUGUCUUCUGGUGUGACCCCAAUGCUGGCUAUGUAUCAGAGGCAGUACAAGCAGCAUGUAUGCUGCGAUACCAAAAGUGCUUGGUGGCACGGCCCCCGUCUCAGAAGGCCUGUGGCUCUUCCCCCCCAGGAGACUCUGUGUCCCGCCGUGUGUCUACCAGUGUGAAGAGAGGUGUCCUCUCUCUUAUUGAUACACUCAAACAGAAGAGACCAGUCACAGAGCUGCCGCAGUAG